CACUUACAAAGCUAAUGAUUUUGAAGAUUUAUUAACCGCUAUAGUAACAACCUUGGUAUUUAUCUAUCAUUACUGAGAAAUUUUAAUGCACAAUAUUCAAAAUCUAUAUCAUUUGUUAAUAAUUGGUAUGAAAAAUUUAUUGCCCCAGGUAACUUUCACUUCUUUUGUUUUAACAAGCACUGCGUCGCCAUUUUCGCAUCUUUGUUCGUUAUUACCGAUUGCUACCAAAUUAUUUACCACUCCGAUGCCACUCAGAAAGAAGACUAAUGAGGUGGUAACAAGGGGUCGUAGUAAAUCAACUAGUCGGGGUACUUCAAAAAUUCGUUCACGAACCCCAAGCUCUGCACGGUCUCGAUCAAAAACACCUACUAGGCGAGCGCGUACGCCGGCCUCUGAGUCCAAGGUGAGGCGUAGACGUUCUCCUAGCCCUGACCCUAGUGAAGAAUCUGUGAAAAGUGUUACAAAAACAACCCAGUAUACUGAGACUGUGUUUGAUCGCCCUGCCCAAACGGACGUAUUAAAAUCAUUGCCUCUAAACCAUGGACUAUCUCGUUUUUCCCAAAAAAUUGUCAAGAAAAUAGAAACAGAAAAACCAACUCAUAUCUAUCAGGAAGGACUAGUUCACAAGUCGGAAGCGACCCAACUACACAAACCAGUAACACUAACUCCACUCUUGACAAAUUAUCGUAAAACGUUGUUUAGUCCAACUGUUGUUGCCAUUAUUCAAGUACUGUUCAUUGUACCAUUUGUUUACUGGCUGAAUCUUCUGAUAUUCGCACCCGUUUCAAUAAGCAAUUUUUCUGGAGAAAACAAAAGCUUAUGGGAAUCUGCGUUUCCACUAAUUGAAAUUCUUUGGCCAACAGGAGAUAACAAAAGUUUGUGGGGUCCUGCACGUCCAUUCCUUGGAGUUCUUUGGCCAACUGACUGGCACAACUAUAUCAAUAUCCAGAGUUCCGUGCUCGUUUUCAUGUAUCUUUUGUUACAGUGUCUAGUUGCUCGUUUUCUCCCUAUUGGUCGAAUGGUUACUACAGGGCUCCGAAAUAUCGACUACCGCUGUAAUAGCCUGAUAUCUUUUGUCAUCUUCAUCGGGUUGUUUGCUUUCGCUGAAAUCUCCGAGUGUACUACAGUCAGGAAUUUAAAACCAAGUCAAAUGCUCCCAAACCUGUGGCUCAGUUUACUGACUUCAUCUUGUUUGGCUUCUCUUUUUUUAUCGUUGGUUGCGUAUUUCGCCUCUAAGACAGUUGUACGCUAUACAAGACAAUCAGCGGCCAAAACAAGUAGUAUUUUCCUUGAUUUCUGGUGUGGUCGUCACGUACGACCUCAGUGGCUUGGUAUUGACUGGAAAAUGACUAUAACACGAUCGGGAUUGAUGGCAUUGCCCCUAAUAGACUUAACGUAUAUAUUCAGACAGUAUGAGCAAUAUGAACGCAUUAGCCCGGCUCUUGCUGCGCAUGCUCUUAUGCACGCCUUAUGGGUGCUUGACUUCUUCAUCUUCGAGCAUGCCUUUUCCUUUACUUACGAAAUGCAAUCCGUAACAUUUGGUUCUUGCUUUAUUAUCAGUCGACUAGUCGCUCUACCUUUCGUGUGUUCCAUAACAAGUUCAUACUUGUCUUCAAGACCUGAUGUUGGCCGACAGCUAACUAGUUUUUCAAAACAUAGUUGUAAUGCCUGGAUUAUGGGAAUUUCUAUGGUUUUAUUUUUACUGGGAUUAUGGAUUCAUCGUAGAUCAAACAACCAGAAAGAUAGAUUCAGACGUGAUCCUCACGACCCAUCAUUCGCUAAUGCUGAAAUAGUUGUUGGACCAGGUGCUCAGCGAUUACUAGUUUCAGGUUUAUGGGGUUAUGUUCGCCACCCGAAUUAUGUGGGUCACAUUAUUAUGACCGUGGCAAUGCAGGUUCCAUGCGGUGAGCUUUAUUGGUUUUUAUGUGAAUAAAAGAGCAAUAUUGCUUGUAUGCGUGUUUUUCGAAAUUGAUCUUUAACACUGAAUCUGUACUCAACAUAUGUAAAGAUAAUUCAUAACUUCUUCAAGAUUGAGUAUCUAAAUCACAGAGUUUUCCGGACGAUUGUCAGAAUUGUUUACAGUCACCUGGGUAAUUGCCGGAACAAGCCUGUGUUUGAAUUGACACUCGUAUUGACCGCAUUAAUCUUAUGAAUUACCGUUGGCAGUUAACACUAACUUCCCACCUUUCUCUUUUUAUAGGUCUUGACUCUCCACUGUUAUGGGGGAUUUCCGCUAUCACAAUUCUCAACAUUAUUCAUCGUUCUAUUGUUGUAGAGGAUGUUUGUUUAAGAAAGCAUGGUCCAGCAUGGCAAAAGUACACAGCAUUGGUGCCGUAUCGAUUCAUACCUAAAGUUUUUUAAUUUCUACUUAUUUCAUAAUAUUUAUUGCAUUUAUGUCAAUGUGUUUCCUAUAUUUUUCGCUCAAUGGUCAAUUCUUAUAAACUUUAAUGUUUAUAGAUUUAAUGCUCUUUGUUUCAUGUGAACUUUUAGAAUUCUUCAAAUUGGCAGCAUACAUAUAUCAAAGUUUUGUCAUGACAAUCUAUUAGGUGUACAGUUUUCUAUUUAACCCUUUUUUACUCCCAAUGUUUUAUUCUAAUAAUAAGUCGAUGUUUUUUUAAUCUAAUUGCUUAUCCCCAUGAAGAAUUACAAAAAAAACAUAGUUUUCUAGAAAAUUGUAAUAGGCUUAAAAAGAAUUUUAAGCGUGUAUUCGUGACUCAUGAAAUGUUUGUAACCAAAAAGAAAUCAAUUCUAGGAUAUGUAUAUGUUGGUCAUCCUUCAAUUGGUUUGUAGAAAAGAGUUGACACAAAUUUUUGCCUGAAGCGUGUGAUUACACUGAGUACGACUACACCGUCCUGAAGAAAAAUAAAAGUAACAAUAAUUGUUUAAUUCAAUCAUCCAUUUUGGAACCUUUUAAGGAGGCGAACGUUAAACGCCAUCGCUUUAUAAAUAGUUUUAACAACGCACAAAUACUGUAUUUGGUUACUUUUAUUUACUUACGCCUGUCACCCCUCAUGGAAGAGCUUAGGCUGCCCACUAGCACUCUCGGUCCAACCUUGUCCUUGGCAAUCCUUUCCACUUCUUCCCAGUUGUUAUUCACCGUUUCCAUAUCUGCUAUUUCCCAGCAUAAUGUGUUCUUUGGCCUUCCUGUUUUCCGCUUUCUUCGAGGAUUCCAAGUUAGCGCUUGCCUCAUGAUUUGCCUAAUGUAUGUCCUAUCCACCCCCAAUGUCUUUUCCUAGUUUCCUCUUUAGUUGCAAGCAGGUUUGUCUUGAGUAUUUUGAGAAGACAACUAUUUAUAAAUACUCUUACCUUCUUGAUGAUGGUCGUAGUAGUUCUCC